AUGGUGAUGGUCCUCACCCCACCGCGCCCCCAGGGUGCCAUCGUGGCGGUGACGGGCGACGGGGUGAACGACUCGCCGGCGCUGAAGAAGGCCGACAUCGGGGUGGCCAUGGGCAUCGCCGGCUCCGACGCCGCCAAGAACGCGGCCGACAUGAUCCUCCUGGACGACAACUUCGCCUCCAUCGUCACCGGCGUGGAGCAAGGCCGCUUGAUCUUCGACAACCUGAAGAAGUCCAUCGCCUACACGUUGACCAAGAACAUCCCCGAGUUGACCCCGUACCUCAUCUACAUCACGGCCAGCGUCCCCCUGCCCUUGGGCUGCAUCACCAUCCUCUUCAUCGAGCUCUGCACCGACAUCUUCCCCUCGGUCUCCUUGGCCUACGAGCGAGCAGAGAGUGACAUCAUGCACCUGAAACCCCGCAACCCUCGACGCGACCGAUUGGUCAAC